UUCCCGACGCUAUGCGCAACACUGGGAUAUGACACGACUACAACGUUGCUACUCUGCGAUCCUCCGUGGGCCUUCGCGACUAUAGUGACAUUUGCUCUUACACGGUCUGUCAACCAUUUUUAUCGGAAAUCGCAUCUCAUGGGGAUCAGGGGGGCCGGCCGCCAAAGCUGCGAGCUAUGUUUCGUUGUAAUUAAGCCCCUACUCAUGAAGCGUUACUUGUUGUACUCAGAGACACACAGGUUCCUGAUGCCUCCGCUCAUCGCUGGAUAUCUGUUGCUCUGGGGGUGGGUCGACAACACUUUCGCCAGAGAACCUGCGAAGCGAGCCGUCGCUAUUGCUUUGAUUAACACAAUAGGGCAGAUAGGCAAUAUUGUUGGACCGUGCUAUGCAUGGCCGUCGAAAUGGGGCGGCCCAACAUAUCGUUAUUCCUAUGCCAUCAGCAUUGCAGCAAUUGGGAUUUCCACAACCAUGCUCGGUGGGAUGCAUCUUUAUUUGAAGCAUCUGAAUGAGCAGAUUGAUAGGAAUGAGAAUGUGAAGGGU